GUGUCACAUGACCCAAAAUGGCGGACGAAAAUAUUGAAGAAACGAAAAUCACGAAAAACAUCGGAGAAUUUGAAGGCGUCGCAGUAGGAUACGAGGUGGAAACGGGAGAGGAGGUACUGGACAGACAGCUGCCUACAGUCGAUGCUGAAGAAAAUGGCGACUCUGGUCCAAUCUUAGAGGGAACACAGCUGUCAUAUCUUGGUCAUGAGUGUGAGUCAAUCCCAGAAUUCCUUGGGCAGGAGUAUGGCCAGAUUGUGAAGAGACUGGACCUGAGUUUCAACCAGAUUCGGUCCCUGGACGGUUUGUCAUCGUUCCCGGAGCUGGAGGAACUGAUCGUGGACAACAACGCGCUCGACAACGGGCUCGUGUUACCACGGUUACCAACGCUUCACACGCUAAUGAUCAACAAAAAUAGAAUUACAGAUCUAGAGGACUUCCUGGAUAAGUUGGACAGCAGCUGUCCAAACUUGACCUACCUCAGCCUGCUGGGAAAUGUCGCCUGUCCUAACGAGCUGUCAGCAGAGGACAAGGAUGAGGAGGACUACCAGAGAUAUAGACACUACGUCCUGUACCGGAUGCCCCGUCUACGGUUCCUGGACGCCCGUCCCGUCAGUAGAACAGAACUUGCGGAGGCAAAGACACGAGGAGCCUUCAUGAGAGUAGCACGACCAGCACAAAACAUGGAACAUUUUGAUGACACAUCAGGAGAGUCGCCCCCAUCAGCGUAUUCUCCUCUCCCUGCCUCUUCUCAAGCUGAAGGGAGGCACCAAGGAACCUUUGGGAGAUGCAGGUAUGUGUACCACGGACGGCACUCGGAAGGCAACAGAUUCAUACGGAACAACGACUUGUGAUGUCUACAUGAUAGAGAUUUAAGCACUGUUUAUGUUGGUUACCAGCUUCCUGCAGUCUUUGGAUAAGUCAGUAGGGGGCACUAGUGAUAUGGUGUCCCUUGCCAGAACCUCAGUAUGCUUGAAUAAUGAGAUUAAGUUGAUGAGUCUGAAAUAGUGAAAUGAUUCACUGAAAACAAUCAAACUUGUUUGGACUCACAGCACUCUAUGAUACAUCAUGAAGUUUUCGAGUGAAACGUGUUUAAAACCUGCAAUAUGCUACAUAUAUCUUCGUAUGUGUAUUGUAAGAAUAGGGUACAAUUUUAUAGCCUGGUCACCAAACCUAUUAUAGCUCCCAAGGACAGUUUUAGGUCAAUAUUCUAGUCACUUAUCUACAUACCCGAGGUAUAUUGACAUUCAUGGAACAAAAAGACUGAAAAUUGUAACAGAAAACAGUAACUUGUAGGAUCCUGAUUUUUGGAGUAGUGCCCAGAAAAUAAAGGACUCAUUUUGGGGUUUGUUCUGCACUGUUUUAAAUGCCCAAAGUAUGAAAAACUGGUGCAAAUGUGCUAAUG